AUGACAGACAACGCAAACUCCACAGUCCGUCAGGACGAUGAGAAUGCAGAUGUUGCUCUUGAGAACGCUCCAAGCGUUGCUCCGAACAUGCCGGCCGCUCCUCCACAGCAGCAGCAUGGCAUGCAACUCCGCACUCCGCUAGAGCGGCAGCAGAGAAUGGUGCUUCAAGCCGUUAUCGAUCCGAACAGGGAGCCGGCCGUCAUCUCUAGGAGGCUGGCCUUAGGUCCAGUUGGCGCUUUUGUGCCAUUCAACAAGAACGACGAGGCUACAGAGAAUCUGCUCCGGAAGGACAUCACCAGGGGGUACCGUCACUACAGCCAGUUCGAGACUGAAUACCGCUACCUUGGCGUAAGGUACCACCGUUUGCGCAUAGAAAUCCGUGAGAUGGAGGUCUUUGAUAUCCGUUACAGGGAGCAAAUGCAUCAGUGGUUCAGACCCGCGAACGCUGACGCCCUCGCCGGCCGGUCUCUGUUGACUACCGAGCCGCUCCAUCUGUUAGCCAGCGUCAGGAAUGCGACUGAUCAGUGCGAUUACAGGCGUGCUUGGUUCCUGAGGAACCGGGCCUAUUGCAGCCUGUUCGAGAUAGCAAAGUUUUUGCGUUACAUCCAUACUGUUCUCACGCUGAUGAGAACCCGAUGGCAGCCUCGCAUGUUUGCGACAGGCCGUCUUCAACAAGAAAUCUCCCCUGAGGAGGAGGAGGAUUUUCUCGACAGAUUUUUUGCUUGGUUGUCAACGUUGACGGAGGCGCGUAAGCAGAUGGACCUCGGACGCACACUAGAUGCUAUCAUGCUCGACUUUUUGGAGGGAUAUCCUCUCCGUGUGCGUGAUGCUCCUGCGGAUGUUGAUGAUGCGGACAACGACGCAAAUGAUGAGAUUGACGAAGAAGUGGAAUGA